AUGAAGUUCACGAUUGUUGCCACGAGCGUCUUCGUCGCUCUCGCUUCCGCGCAGGCCUCGACAUUUCUGUGCAGAGACAUUAGCAACAACGUGAUGACGGAUGGAAGUAUUUGCACCGGCGCCGGUGGAAAGGACUUCGGCAGGGGAAUCUGCUGUAUCGCCAAGUCGAACGCUCUGGCGCAGAGCCGAUUUGAUAUUAACUGCGACGAUAAGCUGGGUACUACACAGAACACCGGCGAGGCUUGCGAGCUCUAG